AAUUUUUCAAAGAGAAGAAAGCUCUUCAGAGCAAUCUUACCCUUAAGAGGAGGGGGUAAGAAAAAAAACCCUUGAGUACAGGUUAUUUUUGUGGAUGAGCCACAUUACUAUUUACCAUCCACAACCACCGGUAUCAACCAAAAUUUUCCAUACAUAAUAAUCCCCAGAGCCAAAAUUUAGUUCAUUCAUAUGAAAAAUUCCUCCUCACCACCAUCAUAUCAUCUUCCUUCUGCUAUCGCAGCUUCUUUCAAAAAACGGUUAAUACUUAAAUAACCAGUUUCAGAGGGCAAGGAAACAGAGAGAGCCAGCCAAUCAUAAUGAAUUCCACUGUUCAAGAUUCCGGGAUUUCGCCUGAAUUUCGUCAAGAAAACAACAUUCCCGGCAUUGAUUCCGUCGCCGCUCUUCCAUUCCUGCCACCGCUCCGACUUAAUUACGCUUCUAUCAACUGCGGAGACCACCAGUUGACCACCAUGGCGCAGUGCACACCAAGACGCGUCUCCAAUAAGAGACAAUCUCCUUCUGAUUUUUCUCCUGAACAACCUUCUUCCAAAAGGGCCGCCACCGCCCAGCAGCCAUCUUCCUCCGCAGGCGGUUCCUCCGGCGGCCAGCUCCUCCAAAACGGAUUCACUAAAAUCCCACUUUCAUCUACUGGUCUGGGUCGGACUCUUUCUGCUCCAAUUCCCACCAAGAAUCUCUAUGAUCAAUUCUCAGAGGGUGCUUUGACCAAUUCUCUGAUCCACAAUCCCUCGCCGGAGAAGAGUUCUGGGGUUAAUUCUGUGCCCGUUCAUUUGCCGCCGUCUCAGCAGCCUCAGAGACCUCUUUACCGUACAUACUCUGAACCCAUUCCGGCGGCAUACCAAUCGGUUGCAACCUCUGCCAGCCCAAGACCUCCGGCAGCUGGACACGGAAUUCAAGAAAGUCCUGAUGCUAAGAGAUUCAGAAGAAUGAAGGAUAGACUGAGAGAGAUGAGUAAAUGGUGGAAUGAAGUCAUUAAGGAAGGUGAAGAGGAAGAUGAAUCUGGCUCUGAUAAUGAUGAUCAUCACUGCCCACCAAAGGAUGAAUGUGAAGCGAAUCAAGGGACUGAAGCGAGUGAAAAUGAAGAAGCUAGUCAUCAUGAUCAGGAAGCUGUGUGGGUUGAGAGGAAAGGGGAGCUCCUGAUUCUGCAUUUCAAGUGUCCCUGCAGUAAAUCUUAUCAAAUUCUUCUAUCUGAGAAUAAUUGCUACUACAAGCUUUCAUCUUUCUGAUCUCACAAUUCAUAAAGCAUAUAUCCUGAUCAUGUUCAUCUUUACAGUACACACAAAUAGAAAGAGAUAGUCAGAUAGAUUCCUGGAAUUUGUAAUUCUCAUUUUCUUCUUAGAUGUCCAAUCAAAUGGAAGUCUUUUCUUUUCUGUCUGCUGUUUUUGAUUCAGAUUCUGUUGUUCAAAAGAAAGAGAGAAGAGUGUUGUUGGGAAUACAGUUUUAUUCAGGGGAUUUUUAGUUGUUCACUUGUAAUGCUAAGCCUACCAUUCAUAUUUGUUUCCAGUUUCCACUGAUUACUACAAUUCAGUUGAUAUGCAAAAAAUUGCAGCC